AUGCAAGGUUUUACUUUUAUAAUAUGCUUGGUAAUUCUUAUUGUUGAAGUCACAUCCAGUGAAUUUUUAAAAAGAUUAUUAAAUCACACAACGACCUAUCCUUGUAAUAAUAUAAAAUGUCCAGGGAAUAAACUAUGUAUAUUAGAAGUUAAAAAUAAAACAUGUUCAGGAUGUACUGUCUCACCCCUUUGUAUAUCUUCAGAUAAGCUUCCAGUAUCAGAAUGUCCAAUAGAAUUUCCUAUAGUUAACACAAAAUCGGACACCAUUGUUCCUUUUCGCUGCUAUCACGAUGGGGAUUGUCCAAGUGGAAGUUUUUGUUAUGGGAAGGAAAUGAACGGAAUAUGCUGUUCUGGAUCAUAUUCUAUCGGCAGACCUUUUCUUCAAAAAAUGAAACAUUUCAUUGCCAAUAUCAACGAUCAUAAUCUUCUGAAUCUGAUGGAAAUUAUUCUUCAGAAAAGCUUUCAAAAUAAAGAUUCAGGAAAACUUGGAGGUUCUGCAGUCAAUUUGAAAUUGAACCUUGAUAAAUCGUUAAAACAAAUUGACAGCUACGAGAAAGUUGAGAACUCAACAUUUCAAGACAAAUCUCCGAUUGAUUUUAGAGCAGGAACUCACAUAAACAGAAAAAAAAUCGUCUAUUUCAAACAUCGAAAUCGUCGAUCACCAAAUGGGUUUUAUGAUUCUCUUCAUCCUUCUGAACAAGGGUUGGAAGUUCCUUUAGAUAAGCCUGGAGAAUGUUCCAAUGUAAGGCUAGGAAAAUGGUCCGGUGGUUGUAUGGACACGUGUUUUAACGAUGCAGAUUGUUAUAGUAAUUUAAAAUGUUGUUUUAAUGGCUGUGCCAGAAGUUGUCAGUUUCCAAUAGUCAACUAUAAUCCUGAUAUACCAUCUAAGAAACCAGGCAGGUGCCCGAGAUUAUCGUCUUUUGGAUUAUCAGAUUGUACUGGUAGUUCGUGUACAAUGGAUACAGAUUGUCCAGCCGAUGAUAUAUGCUGUAAUUCUGGAGACUGUGGUCGUAUUUGUCAGCAUCCGAUUCCAAAUAGUCCUUAUUGGUGA